UCUGAUCUAAUCAAUUUUAUCUGUGAGUUUUGUUGUAAAAGCUAGGAAUGAACGGAUCGUAGUGUCGGCGUGAAGCCAAACGUUUGGCAACGAAAUCUCGCGAAACGUUCUUUUGCUGCGGUCAAGACCUCGAAAAAAGUUCAAAAAUAGCGCGCAGCGGAUACGCCUGGUAGCAUUUUUGUUGACGUUCGAUUCUUACCGAAAGAAGCAUCAUCAAUCAUACCCAGCUGUGGCCCUAAAUUAUAUAACCCACGAAAUAAGGGUAACAUUUUCGAAGCAUGGCCAACAGAUUUGUGUCCCGAGGCUGUCCACAUUUAAACGCACAAUGAUGUGUGAGAAAACAGGAACACGCUGUUGACUUUAUGCUAAUUUAUAUGAGCACAAAACACUCGCACACAAACACACGUACACGCACCUGUUGGAGGGAAGAUUCGAUUCUGUUUGCAAAGCAAUCUGGUUGACCGUAUCACCAUGGCAAUCGUACGGGCAGAAACGGCCGGAGUGCCUCCCACGGUGACGGCAGCAGCAAAUGAAACCACCGUUCCGAUAUUCUGCUGGCGAGAAUUUGCCUGUGGCUGGGGAGCAGCAUUUGUGAAUAUAACGGCGACCUAUCCGAUCUACAAAAUGAUCUUCCGGCAGAUGCUACAUGGCGUACACUUGACGCAGGCCUUUGGCCAGCUACGCAGCGAAGGAAUGACUUUCCUCUAUCGAGGGAUAUUUCCCCCGCUAGCACAGAAAACCAUUUCUCUGUCGCUAAUGUUCGGCGUGUACGAUAGCACCAGGCGGCCUUUGGUAGAAUACUGUCACGUGAAUCCUUACACCGCGAAAACAGUGGCUGGCAUGGCUGCUGGAACAGUGGAAGCUGUACUGAUGCCUUUCGAGAGGGUCCAAACGCUGCUAGCAGACGCCGCUUACCACGAAAAGUAUCGCAACACCCACCACGCUUUUAAAAUCAUAAUUAUGGAAAAUGGUAUUAAAGAGUUGUACCGCGGAUUAGUACCGAUUCUGUGGCGCAACGGCCCAUCGAAUGCAAUGUUUUUCAUACUGAGAGAAGAAGCCGACAGUCGAUUACCAAAAAGAGCAACCAUUAUUUCUCAACGUACUCAAGAGUUUGUCGCCGGAGCGUGCAUUGGUGCAUUUAUUAGUUCCCUGUUCUACCCGCUAAACGUGCUUAAAGUAACAAUGCAGUGUCGGGUGGGUGGACCUUAUGAAAACAUGUGGGCCGCUCUGCAGCAAGUGUACAAUGACCGCGACCGGAAGCUACGAAACGUGUACAAAGGUGUCUCUAUGAACUGUACUCGUGCGUUCUUUAGCUGGGGAAUCAUGAAUACGGCCUACGAGCAGCUGAAAAAAGUGUUUUAUUGAAGCAGUUCAGUGAACCGUGAAACAAACAUCUCUUUUGCAAUAUGCAAAUUUAGCUAAUCGAUCAUUCUGAUACACUAGUCAGACGCGUUUGACAGAAGUUACUCGCCGAACGAAGUACAAGGCAUCUAAUGACCGUGCGGUGCGAUCAAAGAUCUAUGUUUCACUGCGUAUCUACAGUUUCAUGUACCCUCAACAGCAUGUUCUGUCCUUUGCAUUUAAUGCGAUUUCACUUGUCGGGUUCGCCGUUCAGGGGGCUUUAGUUGUUUUUUCCCAAUCACCACCACGUGUUACAAAAAAGUAUUUAGUGUAGUUUUGGCUCGUCGUGUAAAUAUCGAUUUGUAAAUAUCUACAUAGUGUGUACAACACAUUUGCUGUACUUUAUUGUAUUUCGCGUGCGCAGUUCAACGGUUAGCUUAGCUAUGAUUAAUUUAGGAAAAUUAUGUAGCCGCAGUUUGCUCGAAGCGAAUCUUAAAACCAAAAUAAUAUCCCAAUAUCAUUGGGUUGUGUCGUACAAUAAAACGUUCAAGAUAAAGUGAAUGGUGGUUAAUGUGUAAUUAAAUAAUGGUUGUAGCAAUUCCUUUUCCGAUAUGUAGCGAAUGACGUUAUCCGUACAAAAUGUGACCUAUCCUAAUAAAAUUGCCAUGAUAUGCACAAU